GUAGUCAGAGGAGGCAUCCAGACACCCGGCCGGCCUUCGCUGUGCGCAUGCGCCUUUUGAGGGCGUGGCCCGCGGGGUCAGCGGCGCGUUUCCAGCCAGGCCAGGGGGCGAGACGCCUGGCGCACUUUGUUGCCGACGUAUCUGCGCCCAGACCCCGAACGGCGGACUCCGUCCUUGAGGCGAGCGACGCUGCGGACCCCACAGGUGCCAGCAGCUGGCUUGGUGCUCCUCUCAGCUGCCCACCAUGGCCUGGGGACUGCCCAGCACCGCCAGCCUGGCACGCUUCUACCAGAAGCUGAACCGGCUGAAGCCACUGGAGGAGUCCACCACGGAGACGUCGCAGCAGCGCCACCUGACCAUGCUGGAUCUGAUCCUGCUGGGCAUGGGUGCUACGAUGGGCUUGGGCCACUACAUCCUCACAGGCACUGUGGCCAAGGAGAUGGCCGGCCCUGUGGUGCUCGUGUCUUUCAGUGUAGCUGGCAUGGCCUCCCUGCUGGCAGCCCUAUGCUACGUGGAGUUGGCAGCACGUGUGCCCCGCAAGGGCACUUCCUGUUUGUUCACCUAUGUGUUCAUGGGGGAACUGUGGGCCUUCCUCAUUGGCUGGAUAUUGCUCAUCCAGUGUCUCAUUGGUGGGAUUGCCAUGGCCCGCACCUGGAGCGCUCACCUGGACGCCAUCUUGAGCCACGGCAUCCGCAGCUUCACCAUGGCCCAUGUGGGCAGCUGGCAGGUGCCGUUCCUGGCCCAGUACCCGGACUUCUUGGCUGCUGGAGUCAUACUUUUGGCCUCCGCAUUUGUCUACUGUGGAGUCCACAUCUGUUCCUGGCUCAACCGCACCUUCUCUGCCAUCAGCUUGGUUGUCAUCCUCUUCAUCGUCACCCUGGGGUUUGUCCUGGCCCGUCCGGAGAACUGGAGCACUGAGGAGGGCGGCUUUGCGCCCUUUGGCUUCUCUGGCAUCAUGGCUGGUGCUGCCACCUGCUUCUUUGCCUUCGUGGGCUUUGGUGCUAUUGCUGCCUCCAGCGAGGAGGGCCAGAACCCCAAGCGAGCUGUGCCUAUGGCCAUCGCCAUCUCAGUUGGCCUGAUGGCUGGUACUAACAUCCUCACCUCCACUGUGCUCACACUCAUGGUACCCAGGCACGGCCUGGACCCUGACUGGACACUCGCUGAUGCCUUCUACCAGCUGGGCUACAGCUGGGCGGGCUUCAUCGUGGCGGCUGGCGCUGUCUGCUGUAAGAGACCCUUGUGGGCAUGACCACUGUCCUGUUCAACAUUCUGUUUGCUGUGCCACGCAUCGUACAUGCCAUGGCCACUGACGGUCUCUUCUUCCAGAUAUUUACCCGUGUGCAUCCUCGCACACAGGUGCCCAUAGUGGGCAUCCUGG